GCCCACUGACGAACGUCAACAUGAAGGGUUGUAUCUUGCUGGUGCUGGGAAUAGGCCUUUUUCAUACAGCAUCUGCUGUGACUCACUCCCUGAAGUAUUUCUACACCACAUCUUCUGAAGUUCCCAACUUCCCAGAGUUUGUGGCUGUGGGGAUGGUGGAUGGUGUUCAGAUGGUUCACUAUGACAGCAACAGCCAGAGAGCAGUGUCUGAUCAGGACUGGAUAAACAAGCAGACAGACACACAGUACUGGGAGAGGGAGAAAGGGAAUUUACUGGGUUCACAGCAGAUUUUCAAAAUCGACAUCAAUACUCUAUUGCAGCGUUUUAACCAAAGUGGAGGUGUGCAUGUUUUUCAGAAGAUGUACGGCUGUGAGUGGGAUGAUGAAUCUGGAGCCACGGAGGGGUUUAAUCAGUUUGGAUAUGAUGGAGAGGAUUUUGUGGCAUUGGACCUUAAGACAGAAACAUGGAUCGCCCCAACACCACAGGCAGUCAUUACUAAACACAAGUGGGACAAUGUCAGAGAAAAUACAAUGCACUGGAAAAACUACCACACCCAAACCUGCAUUGAGUGGCUGAAGAAGUAUCUGGACUAUGGGAAGAGCACUCUGAAGAGGACAGUCCCUCCCUUAGUGUCUCUGCUCCAGAAGACCCCCUCCUCUCCAGUGACCUGCCACGCUACAGGUUUCUACCCCAGCAGAGUCAUGGUGUUCUGGCAAAAAGACGGACAUGACCAACAUGAAGAUGUGGAGUAUGGGGAGACUCUCCACAACGAUGAUGGAACCUUCCAGAAAAGCACCUACCUCAAAGUGAAGUCUGAGGAGAGGAAGAACAACAAGUAUCAGUGUGUGGUUCAGGUCACUGGUAUCAAGGAGGACUUCAUCAAGGUUCUGACUGAGUCUGAGAUCCAGACCAACUGGGGAAAGACUAACAGGGGUGCAAACACCAUUGGCUUCAUUGGAGUAGCUCUCCUGGUCAUCGUUGUUGUUGUUGUUGUUGUUGUUGUUGUUGGGGUCAUCAUUUGGAAGAAGAAGAACAAGAGCAAGAAAGGUGUGAGGAGAGAAAGACCUCUUUCUAUUGUCAUAUGUAGGAUACACUGUCAUCUUAGAUAUUAUCAGCUGUGAUAUAGUUAGUAGUUUAGAAGUAGUAGUCAUAGCACUGGUUUA